AUGGAUGAGAGAAUGUUUGCCUGGGUGGAGCGUGGAGAAUACAACAAAAUAAGAGGUGAGGAGUGGCGUAAUGAUUUCAAUGAUGCAGACUGUGUACGGAAACACGAAAAUGGAUGGGCAGACGAUUGGUACACUUCAGCACGACAGGCUUUGUGUUCCAAACGGAUUCUUAAUCGCUGUACGGUACCAACUGAAUCUACUCACACAGGGGUGUGCAUUCGGAUAACACCAAAGAGUGUCACCUUUAAUGAAGCACAUGAAGUUUGCCUAUCACAUAAUGGAACCUUUGCUGAUUCGAGUAUUCUAAGUUUACUGACAAACUUGACAGUACAGAAUGGUUCAAAGGUUUGGAUUGGGGUCCAUGAUUUACAUCUGGAGGGUUAUCUCAUGAACAUGAAGAAUGACUCAGUGUGCCUGGGGACGGAGUGGCGGGGGGUACUGCUAGAGAAUAACGAAGAUACUGACUGUAUGUCUUACGAUACACAACACGGUAAAGUGAGGAUGGAACCCUGCAGCAUUUCACUGCCCCCUGUCUGUUUCUCUAGUCCAGGGGCAAGGUGCACUAACGGAUAUACGAGUUCUUAUCCAAAUCUGCCUCAAACCACAGAGGAAUCAACGACAUUAUCGCCAUAUUUGUCAACCACAGAGGAAUCGGUAUCGACGUAUUUAUCAACCACAGUGAAAUCAACACCGAUAUCGACGUAUUUAUUAACCACAGUGGAAUCAACACCGAUAUCGACGUAUUUAUCAACCACAGUGGAAUCAACAUCGAUAUCGACGUAUUUAUCAACCACAGUGGAAUCAACACCGGUAUUGAAGUAUUUAUCAACCACUGUAGAAUCAACACCGGUAUCGACGUAUUUAUCAACCACAGUGGAAUCAACACCGAUAUCGACGUAUUUAUCAACCACAGUGGAAUCAACACCGGUAUCGACAGAGGAAUCGAUAUCGAUGUAUUUAUCAACCACAGUGGAAUCAACAAUGACAUUGACAACAGAAGCAGGAACAUCAACAACAACGCAUAAUUUAAAAGGUUGUCUUUACAGAGACUUAAACUUUGAUCACAGUACCACGGAGAUGUUUAACACAUCUCAACUUCCAUCAAACGCAA